GCGAUAUUGCGUACGCAUCCGUUAGAGUGCGUUUCUUCAUCGCCGGUUACUAUGUUGGUAAAUUGGUUCGCUGGGAAACACAUCAAGAAGAUCAAUGAUCUUCAAAAAGCAAUAGAUCAACUACGCGAGUGGCUUGAUUUCAAUACGAAAAAUGAGAAAUAUUGCCUGGAGGAUGUUGCCAUACACUCUUAUUACCUGGAGGAGGCUUUCAGACACACUCGGGAUGCAAGAGCACUUGGGUUUGAGGACUGUUGCCAUAAUGAGUCGUAUGGGCUUUUAUCACUUUUGGAAUGCAAAAAGUCAUCCGCAGAAAUGGCUGAGUACUAUGGGAAUACUCGUCGGUCUGUCCUAAGGAAGUUGGUUUUGCUAGAAUAUCGCAAAAAGAAAGAGAUUGAAGCUCUCACCACCGCCCAAAAGAUUAGAAGGCUUUUUUGUUUCCUCUGUUAAUUUUUAUGUUGCUCUCGUAUCUCUCUCUCUAUCUAUCUAGCUCAUAAUGUUAUUCCCUAAAAUUAUGAAUACGAAUGGUUCGUUGGUUAAUGAACAAAUUUC